AUGAGUGUCACUACUACCGUGGUCAAAGGGCCUUUGAAUCUCGCCAACCCACCCUCAGUAUUUUCGACCAAUCCAGUCCUCUCAUGGUACAUGAAAUAUGCAGUGGACUUCAGCAUUGCUAAGACGACCACACCCCCAACCAAAUAUUACGCCUCCAGUGCGACCCUGGUGAACACUGAUCGGUCUAUCAUCCAUGGGGCCAAAGAGAUCUGGGAUUACUACAUCGAUCUCUACGGACAGUUUGAGCGUUGUGCACAUGACGUGAUUUCAAUCGUCGUUUUGAGCGAUGAGACGUCUGGCAAACAUACCGUGAUUAUUGAGACCACGAACAACUUGCAUCUCAAAGGUGGAAGGGGAAUAGUACCUCUGCCCCAAGCCUUUGUUUAUGAGAUUGGCAAAUCCGAGGAGGGAUGCGGCACGGAUGGCCUACAAAUCUGGCAGCUGAACUGUUACUUUGAUCGUGGUUUGCUGGAUAAGGCGGCGAGCACCUGA